AUGGCUUCUGCAACUCACCUUUUGACAGAUGAGCUUGACAUUGUCAUCCCCACCAUCAGAAACCUCGACUUCCUCGAGAUGUGGAGGCCAUUCCUUCAGCCCUACCACCUCAUCAUCGUCCAAGAUGGUGACCCAUCAAAGACCAUCAAGGUUCCUGAUGGCUUUGACUAUGAGCUCUACAAUCGUAACGACAUUAACAGGAUUCUGGGUCCUAGGUCGUCCUGCAUUUCCUUCAAGGACUCUGCCUGCCGCUGCUUCGGCUACAUGGUCUCCAAGAAGAAGUACAUCUUCACUAUUGACGAUGACUGCUUCGUUGCACAAGACCCGGCUGGCAAACCCGUCAAUGCACUGGAGCAGCACAUCAAGAACCUUCUUUCACCAUCCACCCCCUUUUUCUUCAACACUCUGUAUGAUCCUUACAGGGAUGGCGCUGAUUUCGUUCGUGGAUACCCUUUCAGUCUCCGUGAGGGUGUCCCGACUGCUGUUUCUCAUGGUCUGUGGCUAAACAUCCCAGAUUAUGAUGCACCUACACAGCUUGUGAAGCCUCUUGAGAGGAACACCAGGUUUGUGGAUGCUGUUCUGACAAUUCCAAAGGGCACCUUGUUCCCCAUGUGUGGCAUGAAUUUGGGUUUCGACCGUGACCUCAUUGGCCCUGCAAUGUACUUCGGGCUCAUGGGUGAUGGUCAGCCAAUUGGACGCUACGACGAUAUGUGGGCUGGCUGGUGCAUCAAGGUGAUAUGUGACCACUUGGGACUGGGAGUGAAGACAGGCCUGCCUUACAUCUAUCACAGCAAAGCCAGCAACCCAUUUGUGAACCUGAGGAAGGAGUACAAAGGCAUCUUCUGGCAGGAAGAGAUCAUCCCAUUCUUCCAAGCUGCGGUUCUUCCCAAAGACUGCACCACUGUUCAAGCUUGCUAUGUUGAACUGUCCAAGCAGGUCAAGGAAAAGCUCAGCAAGGUGGAUCCCUACUUCGACAAGCUCGCCGAAGCCAUGGUCACAUGGAUUGAAGCUUGGGAUGAGCUUAACCCGACUGGACCUGGUGCCAAACUGGCCAACGGCAAGGCUAAGUAA